GUGGCACAGAAACUGUGACGGUGUUUUGUAUUUGAGAAAUAAACCUGGCCCGAGCUUUUCCAUGUGUUUUCUGUUCAUUGCAUGCUAAAUCUCAAUGAACUUCGAUUGACUGAUUUGGUACUUAAUUAAAUUUGAAAAUAUCAUUUAUCGAAUUUUGCUCCCUGAUGUAGGUACCCUGUGCCGUUCUAUGCCCUCCAGUCCCGGUGCCCGUGGGCCGUGACCUUGACCUCUCCCUUCCCUGACCCCUGCACUCCCAGUCCUCACUUCCGCACUGCAGCUAAACCGUCAGGUGGCAUAAAUCGCAGACGACUUUCGUCAUUUGGUGUGGCCAGAUAACGAGUCGAGACAUCGGGCGACAGGCAAGAUGAGUUCGCGGCGUGCAGAGUUGUUUGACGGACCGCCGCUGUUCAUUGAGCGAGCAGGUCUCGGGAGGUUUGUUGAUUUAACAGGUUAGAGUUCCCCAUCGUCUCCACCAUGGCCGUCCUGCCGCUUCUCCUGCUGGUAACCGUCUUCACCUCCCCAUCACUCGCUGGCUGCCCCUCCGAAGAAUGGCACGCCAGCAAGGGCACCUGCUACCGCUUUGUCUACCACUACUGGACCUGGUCGGACGCCCUGGACGCCUGCGGUCUCAUCCAGGAGAACUCCACGCUCGCCUCGGUCCACGAUCUAGAGCAGAACGCGUUUGUGGCGGAGACCGUGUGUGGCUAUGGAGAGGCUUGGCUAGGCCUAAGGCGGCCCGGGUCUUACAUGGGGUGGGAUUGGGUCGAUGGAUCGCCGACGAAUUUCACCCAGUGGGGGUACAACCAGCCGGCCAGUGAGGGCGAGCAGUGCGCCAUUAUCAACGGGUACACUUCUGGUCAGUGGAUCUCGGGGGACUGCCAGUCAGAUCAUGCUAGUUUUGUGUGCCAGAUCCCUGAGCAAUAGGUGGGGAGUAGAGAUACUUGAAAAGCAUUGUCCUCUGUCUCUAGUGUGGCGCUGCUGUACAUACAGGUCUGAGGCUGGACGGAGCAUUUGAAGGGAAAAUAAACGUAUCAAGCUUCCUGUACUUCAAAAUAAACGCAUCAGUGGGUCUAAA